GGGAAUAUUGCUUUUAUUAGGUGGGCGAAUAAGUCAAUACGUUUAUUUCGCCGACGUAAACUCGUUGUUGAUCUCGUUGGAAAAAAGGAAGAAUUUACCACAACAUCUUCCGGAUUGCAUCAAAUGAGGUUAAAAGCAAGCGAUUGCAUACAGCAACAAGAAUUAGCAGAAGACCAAGGAAGGUGUAAAACAGAAAAACAACUGCUACAACGAAAGAAACUCCAAGUACGAUAAACAAGCUUGCGGCGGCCAUAACAUCAUGGGAAAUGACAUUUCAAAUUUACGUGUCCCUAUCACGGUUAAAAACAAAACAACAAAGGCGAUUCCUGCGAAAGGUCCAUGUGAGUUUGAAAUUCCCAAGCGCUACGACCCAAAUGAAAGGCGAGACUCCAACAUUUCCAACAACAAAAUCACCGUUCAGGAGAUCGAUAUGGCUAUUUAUUCUAACCCUGAAAUAAAUGAACACAUGGCAGCACCAGCUCCCGCCCCUCCCCCGCUUGGGACGUUACUGUUCGAGAUUCGCCACGACACCUACGAGGAACAACUGAAUAUUCAUUUGAUUGGCGCCCGAAGGCUCCCGGUCAGGCACUUAGUAACCGAGCCAGGCGUAGCCUCGCAUGGCGGCGUCAUUAAAAGUGACCCAAUGGUGGAAAUUUGUCUACUUCCUGAAGAGAAACCUGUCAUUGAAAGUUAUACUCACUUUGGUAUUCAGGAUCCACAGUUCAAUGAACAUGUUUCCUUUAAGCUCACCUCCGCCGAACUGAACGAGAAAACUUUGCGCUUCACUGUAUUUGACAACAAACGGCGACACAGACUUACGCCAAUAGGUCACACGCUGUACUCUCUGAAGGGACAGGAGUUGGAUGGAGCUAUGAUAAUCGAGAGAAAUCUAAAACUUAACUCACAGCCCUAUGGCCACACUCGAGGCGAAAUUUUAUUGUCACUAAACUAUAACCCGGGAAUGAACACAAUCACGGUGGGAAUCACAAAAGCUCGAAACCUGAUACACUUUGACGCACAUUCAAACAGAGAAUAUCUGGUUAAAAUCACAGAAGUCUUCUCAGGACAUAAAGUAAAAACGAAACGUACUCCCGCCGCAGACGGAGAGAAACACCCAAUUUUCCAUAGCACCCUCUCGUUCCAGGUCCCUAUCCAGCGUCUCAGCCACACAAGCCUGGUGCUGACUCUAUUGGGACGUGGAAAAAUGAGAAGCAACAAGACAGUUGGCCGCGCUAUCCUGGGGCCUGGUAUAUAUGAGUGCGAUAGCGAGAGAAGUCAUUGGGGGCGAAUGAUCAUGUCACCGCUGAAAAAGGUCGAACAAUGGCAUGCUUUGUAUCUAUAACAUUAGAAAGUGUACGAUGCGUUAUUGUAUAUAAUUACUUUUUACAGAUAAAUCAGGUAAUUAAAGUCCAACCAAGGGAUGUUACCACAGUUUCGUAAGCAAAGCAGCAUUCAUUUUCAAAACUGUCACAGCAGUAAGAGCGCCAAUUGACGGUGAUUUAGAGCAAAGAGUCUGAGUGUUUUUAGGCAUGAAACUUACGGCAUACGGCAAACGGAAAAAAUUUAUUUUUAUUUGUCUCACUUUUCCUCCAAUCUAUGGAUGAAAAAAGUAGAACAACGAAUCAAAUUUCUCGUUCAUAGUAAAGUCAAUUUAUACUUUUAAGUGUACAAAAGCCCAAUAGCGGACGAGGAAAAGAUCGAUUUUUGCCGUUCGCUGUACACCGUUUGCAAUGUUGCUUUGCGUAUGAAACGUUAUGUCGUUUUGAAAUUUUUAUAUUUAUUUAUUACGUUUUUUAUAGUUGUUUGUGCGUUAUCUUGACCUUCCAUUUUCUAGCCACAGA